AUGAGGGAGGCAUGCCUGCUCAGGCAUGUCCCGGUCGGCUUUGCGUUUCGCCCGGAGAGCCCUUCGUCGUCAUUGAGCAAAACUAGUGCUCGUCAGUCAGGGGAGCAAAUUUGCGCACACGCGUUUCAGGACAAGGUUGAGGAGCGAGACGGUGGCACACUCUAG